AUGAACUGUGUGGACGAGAAGCCACUGAUACUCAUUGUGAAGAGUUCGACUCCUUUCACAAAUGAUUACCCCCAUGCUGAUAUUCACAAACUCCUGUCACUGGACAUCUUGCAUCAAAUCAUCAAAGGCACGUUCAAAGACCAUUUGGAACAUGGGAAGACGCAUGCAAAAGAGAUUCUUGACAAUAUCGACUGUUGCAUAGCUGCAGCACCCUCUUUUGCAGGACUUCACCGCUUUCCAGAGGGCCGUGGGUUUUCACAAUGGACAGGUGACGACUUGAAAGCUCUCAUGAAAGUCUACCUUCCAGCAAUUGAGGGACUUGUCCCUCAAGACAUUGUUCAAUGUUUUCAUGCCUUUCUUGAAUUUUGCUACAUUUACCAGAAAUUUUUUAAAGACAUGGGAGUUUGGAUAAACAGGUUUUCACUGCCACGUCAACACUCCCUCAGUCAUUACAUCUUACUCGUCCACAUGUUUGGGGCACCAAAUGGGUUAUGCUCAUCGAUAACAGAAUCAAAACAUAUCAAGGCUGUCAAGGAGCCCUGGCAACAGUCAAGCAAGUUCAAUGCACUUGGGCAAAUGCUACUCACCAACCAGUGCCUCGACAAGAUUGCUGCAUCGCGAGUAGACUUCACUGCACACAAAAUGCUUACUGUUGGCCAUCUUCAUGCAUCAUUUUUCUACUCACAUGAUACUAGAUAUUUACACUCGAACAUAACUCCAAAUACCUCCAACGACACUCAGAAUGUUGGGGAUGACAACGGCGAGGAUGAAAAUGACAAUGAUGACAUGAGGAGAGACCCACUGGAUCCUAUAGUGGUGGAGUAUGACAAAGCUGGAGAUGGUGUGGUGGAAGGGUCAAAAGCACAGAGUGAUGUGAAAUUGGCACAACACUCUCGUGCUGGCAACAUACGUGCUCUGGCAAUUGAAAUGGAUAUCCCCAAUCUUCCCCACCUUGUCCGACUUUUCCUUUAUGAUCAAUUUCUUGCCAGUGACACUCACACAUUGGAUGAUGUUCCCCUGAGUGCCUGCCCACGAUUCGAAGGACCUAUCAAAGUCUUCAACUCUGCAGCCGCUACUUUUUUUGCUCCCAGUGACCCAAGCGGCAUUGGUGGUAUGCAUCAUGAGUACAUUCAUGUGGCACUAUCAUGGCAGAGAGGUCCUCCUCGUUAUGACACUGUGUUUAUCAACACUGCCAGCAAAGACUCAAUCAAUGGGAUGGAAGUUGGACAGGUCCUAUGUUUUUUCUUGUUUUCUCACAGUGGCGAGACCUUUCCCUGCACGCUGAUACAUUGGUUCAAGCUUAUCGAUAACAAACCAGAUCCAGACACUGGCAUGUGGAUUAGUGCUGCUGCGGUCUGCUUUCACGCGAAACGCGCCAUAGGCGUGAUACUUUCCCACACAACACACAGCAUUCCCGCAUGCGCGCCUUGCACGCUUUCUCGUGCUUAA